GUCACCCGCUCCACCGCAUUACAGGAAAACAUGGCGACGGGUGUACUGCGGCUCCCGCUGCGACUUUUCACCAGAAAUGCGGGGGUAACGAGCCGUAACACCGGCUUGAAAACACCGAACAUAUCCAGGACGAGUCAAGGCAGGACCGUAGUAUCAACGUCGUCGGGUGCGAUCUUACCCAAACCGGAUAAAACGCCGUUUGGUCUUUUCCGACUGACCGUAGUGGUGGUGCCUUUCCUGUACGUGGGAACUCUGAUCAGCAAGAACUUUGCUGCUCUAUUGGAAGAGCAUGACAUCUUUGUCCCCGAGGACGACGACGAUGAUGACUGAGCCCGGGCCACAAAACAAAUGGGUGCUUUGCAAUAUUGAGUGAGAGCACACCAGCCGGCACAAGGGAGUUGGGAAAGAUGGGGCACAUGACAUCCAGCUACAUCCCUCCACCUCCACCCAUCUCCUCCCUCUCCCCCACGCUAUCUUGUUUCUGCUAAAUUCACUCUUGAAAUGUCACAUCAUGUGAGGCUAUUAAACGACUAGUUAUGCCUUCACUCUUGUUUGCAUGUUUGUCUGAUAACUCAAUAAAGGGAGUCGAUUACACAUGGA